AUGCGGGUCCAAACCUCACUUGCGUUACGGGCGGAGUUACAACGCUUCAUUUCCAAAUCAGCGCACUUCUCCGACACCACCACUUCCGCAACUAUUGUCGACAUCUACAACAAUAUGGCGCCCACGAAGUUGCAGGCGGCCCGAAAAGAAUUGAAACUGAGGGAGCUUGAGCUCAGAGUCCUCAAGCGCCAGACCAGCGCUCGUACCAGCACACGUUCCGCGCCAAGGUAUUACCACUCGAAACUGCUACCACACACAAAGCUGAUAGUGCCCUACAGUAUCGGAAAUCAUGUCCUCUUGCUCUUUGUCGGCGCAGCCCGCGAAUUGAUCACGCUCCAUACCAACCUCCUUCCCGAGAUAACGCAGGCCUACCUCCAAGCUCGCGCCAUCGCUGCACCGUUCCAUCAGUUGCCUGACGAGUCCCCUGGCACGGUACGCAUUUACCGGGACUACUUGUACACCGGCAAGAUUCACAGCGUUGCCGAGAACGACGAUACCGACGAGCUUGGGGGAGGCAUCACUAGUCAGGGCGAAUGGUCGUGCCUAGCGCAGUUAUACCUUCUUGGCAUUGAGGUGCGCGAUGAGAGAUUUGCAAACCAAGUGAUUGACUCCAUCAUCGACAAGGUGGAGGAAGAUGCCGAUGAGCAGCACUAUCCGACCGGUCUUGCCAACGAGGUCUGGACUGGCACUAAGACCGGCGACAAGUUGCGCAAGUUGAUUGUGGACUUGCACAUUUGGGUGGGAAAAGGUCACGGUAUCGACGAGCAGGGACAGCAUGAUGACCGCAAUGGUCCGAUGGACUUCAAGCACAAGGUCGCGAUGGGUGUUCUCAAGAAUCGACAGGCCAUCUACGAUUCGGAGAUAAAAGCGCCGUGGGAAGUCAAUGCGUGCCAAUACCACGCUCAUCUUUCGACUCAGCCAUGUGGCAUGAAGGACGUUGAGAUCGUCGAUCUGACGGAGGAGUGA